UGGGGUUUACUUGAAUUCUUGCAAUUUAAAUCUGUUCCUAAGUAUCUUGUCACAGACUACUACUUUUUAACCCUCCGUUCCUGACUUUCGAUUGACAAUGCGUUGCAGCGCCGAUGGAGACGGCUAUCCAGGCCUUGCGUACAUCAAGACGAGUAACACUGGAACCGGAACAGUUGAAGUUCAUAUCGCCUCCAGAAAGUCCAACUUUCAGACUCGCAUCUGGGAAUCUGGCACCACAUUUGACCUCGAAAACGACGGCACUUGGCUUCUCGCUCCAGCUAAGAGCGGCACCCUCCCCGAUCUAGCAUUCAUCAGGACUUCUAACGCAGCCACUCACUCGGUCGAAGUCCACAUCGCCUCAGGUGCUUCGGGUUACAAGCUGCGAACCCAAGAGACUGGCACCGUGUUCGGGGAGGAGGAUAACGGCAUCUGGAAGCUGUACGAUUACAAUGCUGAUGGAGUCCUUGAUCUGGUAUACAUCAAGACUUCCGCAACUGGCACAAACUCCGUCGAGGUGCAUGUCGCUGCAGGGCCAUCAUACAGAAACUGGGUCUUGCACACCGGCACAACAUUCGCGCCCGAGACCGAUGGUUUCUGGCAAUUGGCGCCCUAUUCGGGAUGGAAUACCGCCGAUCUGGUGUUUAUCAAAGAUGCGAAUACGGGAACUGGGCAGACGGAGGUUCAUGUUGCCAGCCAGGCGAGUGGCUAUCAUAAUAAAAUCUUUGCGAGUGGAAGCACGUUUGUGCAGGAGACCAAUGGGGUUUGGAGCUUGAUCGAUUUCAAUAAGGAUGGAGUGUUGGAUCUGACGUAUAUCAAGUACCAAAAUACGGGGACUGGCAAAGUGGAGGUGCACGUCGCUAGUGGGAAAUAAAAGUUUGAGUGGCUGCACAUGGAGCUGUUCUGGA